AUGCCCUCCACCACCAUAGACCAGAGUCAAUUCGACUCCAUCCCCGACUCCAUCGAGGCCUUCCGUAGAGGCGAGUUCCUCGUCGUCCUCGACGACCCCUCGCGCGAAAACGAAGCCGACCUCAUCAUCGCCGCCGACGCCAUCACCACCGAGCAAAUGGCCUGGAUGGUCCGGCACUCGUCCGGCCUCAUCUGCGCCCCCAUCACCCACGCCCGCGCCGCCGCCCUCGACCUGCCGCCCAUGGUCCAGCACAGCCAGGACCCCCGCGGCACCGCCUACACCGUCUCCGUCGACGCCGCCCACCCUUCCGUCACCACCGGCAUCAGCGCCCACGACCGCGCCCUCGCCUGCCGCGUCCUCGCCGACCCGGCCGCCACCGCCGCCAGCCUGCGCCGCCCAGGCCACGUCCUGCCCCUGCGCGCUGCUCCGGGGGGCGUCCGCGCCAGGAACGGCCACACCGAGGCCGCGACUGAGUUUUGCCGUCUGGCCGGUAAAGUCGAGGCGGGCGUCAUCUGCGAGAUUGUCGACGACGGCGAGGAGGUGCCUGGGCAGGCGGUGCGGAAUAGCCCGGGUAUGCUGCGCGGCGAGGCGUGUAUCGCGUUUGCGAGGAAAUGGGGGCUCAAGGUGUGCACCAUUGCUGAUUUGGUGGCCUAUGUCGAGAAGACGGAGGGCAAGCUGCCCGUCAAUGGAUCAAAUUGA